AUGGGUAAGAAAAUGAAGCUACCAUUUUUAUGUCAAUCAAAAAGUUUAGACUCUAAGCUAUCAUCAUCUUCCCCACAAUGGUCUUUUCCUUCUUGUGGGAACAUAAAGACCCUUUCUUUUACGGCUAAAGAUGAUGCUUUUAGGACUUUUAAUUCUUCUUUUGUUGAUGUCGAACUAACCCCACCUGAAUCUUUCUUCACUUCUUCUUCUAGAAGCUUCUCUACAUUGUUUGAAGAAGAUGGGGGUGAGGGUGAUCCUCUUGAGAAUAUUAUUCAUGGGUUGAGGUCUGAUAGAUUGUUUUUUGAACCCGAGCAGAGCAGCUCGUUGCUGCUCAACGAACCCAAACAAGAAGGAGGAGAAGAAGAAGAGGAAGAACAAGAAGAAAAAGAUGUAAUAUAUAAAGAAAGUGAGAUAUUAUCCAUGGAUUCUAUUAACCCAUGUGAGGAUUUUAGAAGGUCAAUGGAGGAAAUGGUUGAAGCUCAUGGUUUGAAGGAUUGGCAUGGAUUAGAAGAACUUUUGGAGUGUUAUUUGAAGAUUAACGGCAAAAGUAGUCAUGGGUAUAUUGUGGGUGCUUUUAUUGAUUUAUUGGUUAAUCUUUCUUUUGCUUCUUUUGAUGCUUCUACCUCUUCUACAUCAUCAACAACUACUACAACAACUUCUUAUUCUAAUUAUUCUUCUCCUUCUUCUCCUCUUUCUUUGCCUUCUUCUUCUCUUACUACCCCUUGUCUUUCUUCAAUUUUGGAUCAUAAUGAUGAUGAUGGUCAUGAUGAAGAUAAUGAUGAACAUCAAAAUGAUGGUCAUGAUGAAGAUAAUGAUGAACAUCAAAAUGAUGAUCAUGAUGGUGAUUCAUCUUGA